CGCCGAUGACGCUGGGUUUAUAAUUUUUUUCUUCUUCAGAUUCUGGCAGCGACAGUGAUGCAGAAGGAGGUCUUGGAAACGUUAUUCGCAUGGUCAUGCGACCCCCAGGUCAUUCAGGGAAGGCGAAACGAGGUCACCUGUGCUUCGAUGCUUCCUUCGAAAGCGGCAACCUCGGAAGAGUGGAUUUCAUCACAGAAUAUGAGUAUGACCUUUUCAUCAGACCAGAUACCUGCAACCCAAGGUACAGGGUAUGGUUCAACUUCGUUGUGGACAAUGUCAGAGCUGAUCAACGGGUUAUCUUCAACAUUGUCAACUUCAGCAAGACGAAGCUGGUUUAUCGGGAUGGAAUGACACCGCAGCGGAUUCCAUCACGUUUCGUGUACUACCACAAAUCCCCGGAACACAGAAAUCACUACGUCUUGUCGUUUGCUUUCGCAUUUGACAAAGAAGAAGACGUGUACCAAUUUGCAUUUGCUUAUCCGUACACAUACUCGCGAUUGCAGUCGUAUUUGGAGCAAGUGGACUAUAAGAACUAUUCCUUCUACCAUAGAGAGCUUCUGGCUCAAAGUGUUCAACAAAGGUGCUGCGAUUUGAUUACAAUUGGCAACAACGCUGGACAGCAAACUCUGAAGCCUGAGGAAGCCGCGAAUCCAUCAAGUGCUACUAUAUCAGUGACGACUGGGGCUAAAGACUUUUCUGGAUCUGGUGCUGGAGCAAAAAAGCAGCGAACAAUUGUUAUAUUAUCACGAUCGCACGCUGGAGAUUCGCCAACGUCCUUCAUAUGCCAAGGGGGACCCGGGAAAAAAAAUGUUCGUCUAGUAUUUUUCNAACACAGAAAUCACUACGUCUUGUCGUUUGCUUUCGCAUUUGACAAAGAAGAAGACGUGUACCAAUUUGCAUUUGCUUAUCCGUACACAUACUCGCGAUUGCAGUCGUAUUUGGAGCAAGUGGACUAUAAGAACUAUUCCUUCUACCAUAGAGAGCUUCUGGCUCAAAGUGUUCAACAAAGGUGCUGCGAUUUGAUUACAAUUGGCAACAACGCUGGACAGCAAACUCUGAAGCCUGAGGAAGCCGCGAAUCCAUCAAGUGCUACUAUAUCAGUGACGACUGGGGCUAAAGACUUUUCUGGAUCUGGUGCUGGAGCAAAAAAGCAGCGAACAAUUGUUAUAUUAUCACGAUCGCACGCUGGAGAUUCGCCAACGUCCUUCAUAUGCCAAGGAUUAAUCGACUUGCUGAUCAGCACACAUCCAAUCGGGCAAUUGUUGCGAGAACAUGUUAAUUUCAAGAUCAUUCCAAUGCUGAAUCCCGAUGGAGUUUUUCUGGGAAACUACAGAACAAGUGUCAUGGGGGUUGAUUUGAAUCGACAUUGGCCAGAACCUUCUUUGUGGGGUCAUCCGACCGUAUUCGCAGCAAAGAAGUUGAUAACGGAAUUGGACGAAGAUAAGAGCGUCGACUUAGAUUUCAUUCUGGAUUUACACGCUCAUACUUCCCUGCUCGGUACUUUCAUCUACGGGAAUAUUUAUGACGACGUUUACAGGUACGAAAGACACAUCGUUUUCCCGAAAAUGAUGAGCCAAGUAGCUGAUGAUUACAACCCCAACAACUGUGUUUACAAUCGAGACACGUGCAAAUCAAAUUCAGCAAGAAGAUUCUUCUGCGAAAAUUUGAAAGACACUGUGAACUGCUACAGUUUGGAAGUCUCCGUUUAUGGCUACCAACUCGAAGGGAACCCGAAUGUCAUUCCAUACACGGAAGAAGCUUAUAUGCGGCUGGGUCGGAACAUAGCCAGAGCCUUUUUGGAAUAUUACAAGUUCAUGGGCAUCAUUCCGCAAAAUGUGUACACUGGGCUUCCUUCGGCAAGUGACAAGGGCAAAAAUCGCGGCGUCGGUGCUUCCAGUAGUGUUCCACCGCGCAGAACAGUAACUGGAGUCUCUGGAGAACCCGGGGAAGAAAGCACGAAGAAGAAGUACAGCAUUGGUUCCGGCGGACGGAACCGUUCGGUUGAUCGCGGAACUCUUGAUCACGACAAUAAAUCCGAAACCGGCUCCGUCGCCGGUAGUUCUUCCAUCGGAGCGACGACUGAGCACGACGAUACAAAAUCUGUUACACUGGAAGAUCAAUUAAAACCUCAUCGGCGACACCGAAGGCGACAUCGGAGCUCGCGUAGUCUCCCAGGCACGCACUCGGAGCGAGAUGAGUCGCCAGACAGCCGCCAUGCUUCUUCCGGACACCGACACAGAGCCCACUCACCCACACAGAGCAGCCAGUACAGGUGCUCCUUGCAAAACCUGGAUUUCAACCCAGAAGAAUACCAAUUUCGCCAAUGGCAACGACGCAGCGGAUCUCCGGACCGGAUAUUCUUCCAGCAGAUCCCCGUGAUCACGUCCAAUCAGCAGCAAUCGCAACAACAAGUGGAGCAGGAAGUUUGGAGACGGCUUUAUUACGCGGAUCCCGGUGUUGUGCUGAAGGGGUUUCCCAGGCCCAUUCAAUACCCCAAGGCGUUCAGGAUGGGUGGAGCUGCUCCGGAUGCGUAUGCCUUGGCCCAGGCUCAGCUUCAGGCAACUAACCCCAAGAUCUUGAAGAUUAUCGAUGUCAAUCAAAUGACCAGAGGAGGGAUUGAAGCUUACAAGACUUCCCUAUCUAAGUGAAUUUUGAAUUUAAUCAAGAUGAGGUUCUCAUCGAAAUGAUGCCGGAAUUUGUAAAUAUUCCAUCGUGAAUUUUUCUAAAAAUUUGAAAUCUGAGGUCAUCAGUAGACCUACUGCUCCUGUGACUCUGAUAUUCGUAUCCUCAAGUUUUCUAUGAUUUGAAAGUCCUCUAUGGACGGGAUUUCAUCGAAAUCUUUUCAAAACUUUGUAGCAUAUAUUUGUCUUAUUCUGCCCUUAUAAAAUGGGUAUUCAUUCAUGAUGAUAACAAUAAAUGUGUUCAUCGACGGUCUCGAAUCGUGUGCCUCGCUUUCGAUGAUCGUCAAACGGUGCUGUUGAUCAUUGUAUCCAAGCAUGUAUAUAGGAAAGAAUUUUUCGGUGUUAGACGGUCGAGAUUUGUUUGUACUGUAUUGGUCUUCUAAAAAAAUUCAAGUUUUACUAGCUCGAUAUUUCUGAAAUUCUCGGUCGAAAUUGAGAGUGCUGAAUUUUCAUGACCCUGGGGAUAAGAGUCUGCUGCGUAUAUUGAAGAGAUGAAGACCGAGGUAUUUUUGAAUGUUACUGUGGGACAAACUUUUAGAUUCCUCAUGCAAUUGCAACAAUGUUAUUUCAAUUUAUUUAUAAGAAAUGACCAUUUUAAGUUCGUGAAACAGCUCUUUUACUGAUCCUGAUGGUUUGUUGUAAUGAAAUUUUACUGUAUUAUACUGUUUUUCUGCUGCAUAGGCAAAAAUGGCUCAGGUUUCACUGUUCAGAAGGAGGAAGUUUUUCUGUACAAAAUUUUCUGCUGCUUACAACAGUCUUGAUCAACUUUUCAAAUUUUAAACUUGAGGUUUACCAUUCAGUUACCAUGAAAUAUACCACAUUUGAAUUGCAGUGCAAGGAAACUUAUUGUUUUACUAAUUAUAUAUGAUUAAAAUGCAAUCAAUUUUUAGUCCCUGUACAGUUGUCACAAUGUUCAAUUAGCUACUUUAAAAUGAAUUUUUCAUUCCAACAAAGCUAUUGCAUAUAUUUAUCUGGUCCCAGCUUUUUCUGCACCAACAUAUUCUUAUUGCAUGUAAGAUUAUUCUAAUGUAAUAAAUGCCGAACAUUUUUAGGAAUGUCAUUAUUAUAUGCGAAUAUAUAAAACCUCAACAUUGCAUAUUUGGAUGCAUCCUGAUGGGUGACUUAAUACUGUAUCUGAUGCAGGAAUUAUCAAACAAGCGUUUUGCUAAAGAAUAUUGAAAUGCUGAUGUUCUUGCUGCAUCUGCAUUGAAAGUAAAUAACUUUUGAAAUUCCAUCAUGCCCUACCCAAUGCAUAUUUUGUUUCAUGUGAUAACACAGUCAAUGAUACUGUGCAGUAAGAAAUCAGUUGUCCAAUUAAAAUUCAAUGGGACCCCAAGAUGCUUGGACUCUUUCCCAAAUAUGUUUGGUUCCUGUUUUUCCCGAAUAAUUCAAUGCUAAUACAUUUCAUAGAUUCUCAUCCUGUUUAUCAAAAGUUAAGAAUAAGUCCUUGAAAAAUUGAAUAAAACUUGUUUCCCUCCUCUGCAAGGUACAGAAAACGGCUGCGCAGAAUAUCCCAAAGAAUGAGAUCUUUUUGCAUCAAAAGGAGCUCAAAAAGCAAAGAACCAGAAUAUGUCUUGAUGUAAUAUGCACAGAAAAAAGAAAGUACUGUAAGAAACAGAAGCACAAACUCAGCCAGUUCAUCUAUCGUGAGUUAGAUUACAUUUUAGUGAAAUAGAUUUUUGUGAAUAUAAAAGCUCAAGUUACUUGAAAGACAUCAAAUUCAUAUUUAUUUUAGAUCUAUCUGAAAAAUGUCAGUUAAGUGCCCCUAUCAUUUUUACUCUUCAGCAAUUUUCAAGACGUUGGAUCAGCUUUUUUGAGGUUUUUGUGUCCCUGAGUGGAAUGUAAAUUGGGGUGUCCACAUUUUCUGUGUUCACUGUACAUAAAAGGAAUCAAGCUUUUCUGAUGAUGAACGAUUGUGUCUUUUUCGAUAACCGCCGGAAGCUGUAUUGACGAGUAAUGAUGUUUGAAUAUGAAAUGCAGCGCAUUAUCUCACCUGUUCAAAGUAAUGUGAUGUUGUUCUUUGGAAUUGAUUCAAUUAAAAAGACGUGGACAGUGUACAGUAUUUCUCGCGGGAAUUCUGUUAUGCUUUCUUGUUCUUCAGAUCAGAAAAGCAGCACUUCCUGGACAUCUGCCGACGAAAUUCCGGGGGAAUCGAAACUGAAUUUCCUGAGCCAGACAUUCA